GCCAGUCAUUUACUUGCACUUACUUGCACAUACGCACACAUUUAAAAAUUCACAAAUCACAAUAUGUAAUCUGUGUAUUGCUUAUGUAUAUUUUUCGCUCGGUAGCCAUGCAGGCAAACUCCGCCGUAUUUUUAUUAUAAUUUAAUUAGUUUACAAAUGUACUAAAUAUGGAACAGGCUAAGCCUAAAUCGCCUAGACUUUUUGUGUGUACCGCUAUAGAAAACAAGGAUGAAAUAGAAGAGAGAUAUGAAAGGGCUUAUAACUUUUUUCAAUCACUUGUGGCGGACUGCAGCGAAAAGGAAGCUCAUGAUGCAUUAAAUAAUGCUGUGUGCAAAAAUCAUGAAGAUGUGUCACUUGGGAUGCUCAUGUCCAUUCUUACAGAGCCUCACAUUGCUACUAAAUGCUAUAGAGACCUGACGCUCAUUACGAGAGAUGGAUUAACAUCGGUCCUUAACAAUCUAUCUAAUUUGAUUCUGGAAAGGUAUUUAAAGUUUCAAGACACAACACGUAACCAACUUUUAUGGCUUGUUAAGGAAAUGAUAAAAAACGCAGUUACUGGCGUUGAUAGCAUAUGUUGGAACUUAAUGCGAUAUGCAUCUGGAGGAGAUAUCACACCAAAAAAUAUUUUUCUUGUAGAAGCUCUUUUGGACAUAUACAUUGACAAUCGAACAUGGCUUGACAAAUUCCCUGUUCUUGUAUGUAUGGUAGUGUACACAUACUUGAGAUUGAUUGAAGACCAUAAUAUACCGCAGCUGAUGGCAUUAAGACAGAAGGAAGUUAACUUUGUCAUAGCACUGAUAAGAGAGCAUUUCAAUGAAGUGUUAACCCUCGGCAGAGACUUAGUGCGGCUGCUGCAAAAUGUGGCUCGCAUUCCUGAGUUUAACCAACUAUGGCAGGACAUUCUAAUCAACCCAAAAUCACUAUCCCCAACUUUUAACAAUGUAAUGCAACUUCUACAAACUAGAACCUCCAGGCGUUACCUGCAAUCCAGAUUAACUCCUGAUAUGGAAAGAAAAUUGGUAUUUCUUACAUCUCAAGUAAGGUUCGGACAUCAUAAGAAGUAUCAAGAAUGGUUUCAAAGACAGUACCUUGCCACACCUGAAUCACAAUCACUUCGAAGUGACAUGAUCAGGUUCAUCGUAGGAGUGAUACAUCCUACUAAUGAACUACUUUGUUCGGACAUCAUUCCCAGAUGGGCUGUUAUUGGCUGGCUAUUAACAACUUGUACUUCAAAUGUUGCAGCAUCAAAUGCUAAGCUAGCUCUAUUUUACGAUUGGCUCUUCUAUGAUCCAGAGAAAGAUAAUAUUAUGAACAUAGAACCAGCCAUUCUUGUGAUGCAUCACUCAAUGAGGUCACAUCCAGCCGUAACCGCUACAUUAUUGGACUUUCUCUGUCGUAUUAUUCCAAACUUUUAUCCGCCAUUUGCUGACAGAGUCAAACAAGGUAUAUUUAAUUCUCUACAGCAGAUCAUUGAAAAAAGGGUGCUGCCCAACUUACAGCCUCUGUUUGACUCUCCAAAGUUGGAUAGAGAAUUGCGCACGACUGUUAGAGAGACUUUCAAAGAGUUUUGCAGCAACGGGAAUGGAGAAGGCGUCUCCGGGAACCGCGACGAGGGCAGUGACGAUUUACCUCGAGGAGGGCCCGACGAGCCGGCCUUCUCGGACGACGAAGACGAUCCGCCUCCCAUCAUCGCCGAGGACACGGACGACGAUGACCUGCCGCUGUCCGAGGUGCGCGCGAGGGAGCGGCCCGAGUUGGCAGCGGCUCUGCCGUUGCUGCUGCGUCCGUUCGCCGAGACCCUGUUGGACGAGCGCUCGGCGGCAGCGGCGACGGCGCUGCUGGACGCGUGCGGCAGCCCGAUGCCGACGCCGGCGGCGCUCGCCGAUUUGUUCGUCGCAGUGCUGCAAGAAGCUCCACCGUUGAAGAUGAGUCGCAACCCGACACCGGCGGACCUCGAGUCUAUAUUGAACUCGCCAGUCUUUUCCAUGUUCCACUACCUCGUCCCCGGCAAUAGCACCGAGGGGAGACGGAAACUACUCCUGGAAACUUUAAAAGAAAUUCAUUCCCAGGCUACGGUUCCAUGCGUGGGAUACUGCCUGCUGUUCUAUUUGAAGGUUUGCUACGAAAGGGAGAAACGCGCCGAACGAGAUCCCGUCAAAAAGCGAAAUGUGAAAUUCAAAGCGGACGUGUACAGGGAGUAUUGCGGGUACGUGGAGUUGAAACUGGCGGAGAGCAUAGCGGACGACUUCGAGAAGUGCCAGGAGUCGGACGCGAACGUGCUCGUGUGGCUGAUCCCGGACGUGUACAGAGAGUACAAGGACCAAGUGCAGAACCACAUCCGCCUGCUGCACGUGAUCGUGUCGACGCUGGACGCGGCGCAGCUGCAGCGCCUCGUGUGCCUCACGCUGCAGGGCAGCCUCAUGAUGUUCAAGUCGGACGACAUCACCACCAUGCUGUCCACGAGCCUGGGCUGGGAGACGUUCGAGCAGUACUGCCUGUGGCAGCUGCUGACGGCGGCCGAGAUCUCGGUGGAGGACGUGCUGCAGCUCAUCCCGCGCCUGUCGUACGCGCAGCACGCGGAGGCGCUGACGGCCGUGCUGCUGAUGCUGAAGCAGGAGCGGCCCAGCGCGGACGUGGUGCGCCAGAUGUUCUGCCGCGCGCUGGACGCGGACGAUGCCUUCGUGGUGUCCACGGUGAUGUAUUGGUGCCAGGACUGGGAGGACAAGGUGGCCGACCUGCUGGCGGCGCUGCUCAGCACGCGCUACCCGGGCACCAGCCCCAACAAGAGGAAACGCCCCGGCAAGCACAGCAUCCCGCCCAACGCGCCGCCCAACGCUGAAUUAGUUUUAGGUCACUUAGAGCAAAUAAGAGUAUGCUGUGUUGAACAGGAUGAUAUGUCAAUUUUUAAUAUGGAAUGUAUGCAGAAGGCCUUACAACAAUCACAGUCAAAUAGUAGUGAUAGCAUAAAGAGACAAUAUAGCGAAUUAUUUCUAUUGGCUUGGGAGGAUGAGCUGCCCAUAUCAAGGCGAGCCCGCAAACUGGCGUCCAACUCACUGCCGCUCAAUCCCAGCUUGCAUUCAUCUAAUGAAGAUAGUGAGGAAGAAGAAAUUGUAAAGCCCAAACAAGCGAAACGACGCAAGAAAGCCAUAUCGGAUAGCGAUUGACAUAUCUCAUCGAGAAACCAUGGUAAUUUUAAACACCAAAGUGCAACUCAACAAUACAAUAAAUAUAAAUAUGUGUAAUUCAUACUUAACAAUUGUUUGGUUACCAUUUAUUUUGAGGCGUAAUUUUAAGGCGCGGUUUAUACAGGCGCGGCGAGGUGGUGGCGUGACACAUUCUUCAAAAACUUUGACGUCAUAGUACCCGCGCCACGUC